CCCCUCGGCUCUCUCCCUGGCCGGCAGCGCUGCGGCCCUCUCGGAGCCAUGGCUGUGCAGGUGCCCGGGCCGACGGGCUUGCCUCUCUUCCUCUUGCUGCUGCUCUUGCCGCUGCCGGGGUGGACGUCGGUGCAGCUCCGGUCGCCGGCGGCGUCCGGGGUCGAGUCGCUGCUGGAGGAGUUCCGCCGCCAGCUGCUGCAGGAGGAGCAGGAGCCCCCGGGCGGUGGCGGAGGCAACGAGCUGGCGGAGGUAGCAGCAGGCCGCUGCCGCGGGGGAAACGGCGAGCCGUCGGGCUUCUUCUCGGCCAGGCCCGACACCAUCAUCCGCACUAAGGACUCCAUCGCGGCGGGCGCCACCUUCCUCGACUCGCCGGGCUCGGUGGCGGGGCCCAGGCAGUGCCUGGACGCCUGCUGCGCCGAAGCCCGCUGCACCCUGGCUGUCGUGCAGCAGCCGCAGCAGUCGCCCGCCUCGCUGCGCUGCUACCUCUUCAACUGCACCUACCGCGGCCGCGCCGUCUGCCUCUUCUCCCCGCAGCGCGGCUACAGCAGCUACGGCCUGGAGCCCAGCAGCCGCCCGUCCGCCACGGAAACUGAUGAGCCUCCUCUCAGCAAGGCAGGGAAAGACAUUAUGCUUCAGUUGCCCAUUAACUGGGUGAUUCUAGAUGGCCGAGAAAGUAGAGAUGACCAUGGAAUCAUACAGUAUGAGUGGAGACUGCUUCAAGGUGCCCCUUCAGUUGAUAUGAAGGUGCCACAACCCGGAACUCUGAAGCUAUCUCAUUUGCAAGAAGGGAAAUAUAUGCUGGAGCUGACUGUGACAGACACAGCUGGCCAAAGGAGCUCAGAUAAUGUCUCAGUGACCGUACUUCCAGUGGGUCACUCCAUGUUAGGAUGUUUUGGGGUUUGUUCGCGCUACCAGUUCCUCUGUGAUGAUGGUUGCUGCAUUGAUAUCACCUAUGCCUGUGAUGGAGAAGAGCAGUGUCUGGAUGGGUCUGAUGAAGCUUUUUGUCAGAAAUUUACUUCAGGACAAAAGACAAUAACUCACCCAGCCACUAGCUUCAUCCAGCCAAACAGCAUUGGACAAACUAAUGAUGUCAACAAGGAACUUGCAUUUGAAAUCACCCAGAAAACGACUGUAAGCAAUCAAGCAUCUGAUGCAGACAAGAUCAACAAAUCAUCCUCUCAGGGACCAAAUAAACAAAUUACUGGGUUAAUGCCAGGGCUGUGCUUGGUGCCUCCUGCUGCUGGCCCCUGCAAUGGCCAUUUCCCUCGCUGGCAUUUUGAUGCUUUUUCUGGCACUUGCAUACAUUUCAUCUAUGGCGGCUGCAAAGGCAAUGAAAACAACUUCCUUCAAGAAUCAGACUGCCUUGCUGAAUGUGUAAAAGCUCAUGACUCUAAAACCUCAGGGAAAGAAACAGAUUAUAAAAAUGAAAAUAACAUUGUGGUGUUAAAGGGCACUCCCAUCGAAAAGAGCCAUCCGGUUCCAGAAGCAGGUGCUGUCCUCCCUCUGGCUCUUGGGCUGGCCAUCACUGCUAUGCUGCUGCUCAUGGUAGCUUGCCGACUUCGGUUAGUGAGACAGAAACUUAAGAAAGCCCGGCCCCUGAUGUCUGAGGAAUCCGAUUACCUCAUAAAUGGGAUGUAUCUCUAAAGCAGGGUUCAGGUGACUUCCCUUUCCUUGAGCUUUCCUUAAAAAAAAAGUGUGCCUCUUGCAUCUUACACUUUCCUCUCUCUUUUUUUAAAAAAGUAAAAACUCAUGUUUAAAGAGAAAAUGCAGCAGCUACCUUCUAAAAGAUUAUUUCUAACAUCAGUGGUAGAGAUGUUUAUAGCUCCAGCAGACAGACUGGCUUUCCUCUGCCAGAGCUCUAGGACUAUCCUGUGCUUGUCAAUAAGGCAAAUUCCAUCUUACUGUGCUGUGUAUCGGUUCAGUCCCACAAAAAUACUACCAUAUCUAAGGGAAUGUGGCUGGAGUUAGCUCUCCAAUGGAUGAAAUGUCAUGUGCUCCAAGAACUGCCCCUCUCCCUUGUAACCCAUAAUAUUCAUUCAGUUCUGUUUUGCAAAGAAGCAUCAUGCAGGGUUACAGCACUCCUUUGAAUAUUGGUGCCUGAGUGGCUGGUGAUCCACAUUGCUGCACCACUCCCAUGUUCCAAGGGAUGCCACAGGUCAGGGCAUGGAAAAAUACAACAGUCAUAUAAGAUCCUAGACACAUCUGUUUCCUGUUGUGUUGGCUCUCUGCAUCUGGCCUUAGGUGAGAAAUUAGAUUUUACAUAAAUGACCUUUCUUUAGCUUCCUUUUACAGAGAGGAUAUUUAUUAAUUUAAAACUAGUAUUUUAUUUUAUCUUUAAAUAACAUGGCACUAUUAUCACUUCAAAAUUGGUUCAAAUAGAAGCAUGUUUUUCUACUCACCUACUUGCCUGGGGUUGUUUCUUACUUGUCACAGGCAUGGGGUUAUUUACAAACCACCCUGUUAAAGUGCAGAGUUUCUGAAGGUGAAACAUUAGGCUGCAUACAGGCAGCAAAAUGAAGUACUUGGAUCUUAAAGAGGUUUGAGUUGUUUGUAUCACUUCAGACAGUGGAAAGGGAAGAGAGAAUGUUUUAGUGUUCCGUUACACAAAAACAAACCUAGCAGCACAAGCAGAAGGACCAUAGGGGAGACUGCCCUCUGCUAUGCUACUUUUCUAAACACAGUGAGGAUUCCCACCUUUCAAGCAAUCUCUUUAUCAUGGGCAAUGAGCAACAUUAUCCCCCGCUUUAAACUGAAGAUCAAAAAAAGGAUAGCAUCCCCAGCAGUCUGAAGUUGUACACUCUAUGCUAAUAGCUCAGGACUCUGCCACCUCAUUGUGCUACAGAUAUGAACUAGGCCUUAUGUUCAGCAACACAUCCAUUGCUGCUAUAGCCAUUUAAUAUUGAUACAAUGCUGCCUGCUUUCAUGGAGCUUGAAAGAUUCUUGCUAAUUGGACCCUCACAGCGAAGUUAAAGUUUCAGUAGUUGCAUCAAUUUUAAAGCUCAUCCCAUCGUCUGAUGAAUUCAAUGUAUGACUGAAUUGUAGGAAGUGUUCGUUAUAAAGUUUGUAGUCUGUGGGUCAGUUUUUGUGUGUGAACCUUCCUCUUUAUCCAUCUGUGCAAAUAAGUUCCCAUCCGAGGACCCAGGUACAAAUCAAUGCAGAAUAGGCAUGCAAUGAUUCUGUAUGUCUCUCUUAUUCUAAUGAACUUACAACUUUGAAUCCUACCACAGACCUCCACAUUGCCAAUGUCCCAAUCUGAUAAUGUAAAGUAAGAGAUAAUAAACCUAUUUUAUUCUUAAUACCUUGCAAAAUACUUGUUUUCCUUUCAGUAACUAUGUAAACAAAAAUCUAUGUUAGCAGGGUUCUGUGUUGUUGCAAAACGGUGCAACCACAGAACCAAUUAUAGAACCAUAGAAUUAGAGUUGGAAGGGACCACACAGUCUGUGAUAGCUGCACAUGCAUUCCUUUCACAUUUCUGUCCCAUUGUAAUAUGAAGCUGUGUCUUCAACAGUAAAAGGAGACACGCCGUGUCAAAGCUGAGAACAGAGGAAAGGAUCUGGAGAAACCGACUAAGGCGAAGAGAGGUAGCCAGGGCUCUUUUUAUUCUUAGCAUAUAAUUUAUCUCCUGCAUUUCAUUAGCUCAGCCCCUCACCCAGUUUCUGCUUUAUGUGCAAACUGGACAGACACAUGAAAGAUGCCUCAUCAUGUCUAGCUGGGUUCUAAAACCUACUGCCUGGGGAUGGGCUUCACUGCUGAACAUUAGGUUUUCAUAGGACACUUCCACCCAAAACCAUCUCCUCACAUAGCAAAUUAGCACACGGAGCAGCUUAGGCUAGAAACCUUCUCCUUGACAGCCAGUUUGCCAAUUAGCACUUUGCUAAGAAGCAGGCCCCUGUGGAGUUUGAAAGUAACAGGUCUGCUGCUACCUGUUACCAGCUGCUUUGCAUUAUUAACUGAUAGAGAAACAUUUGUGUUAAGGCUAUGCUGUGUUCUCUAACCAAUAGUCCCAUGUACAAAUUACUUGUCACAAAAUUAUGAUGUUAGGUGACUUUUAACAGUAGAUUGACAGUACUUUCAGGUAUGUGGAGCUAAUGUAUACUUUUGCACCUGCUUCCCAAGUGUGUUGUGAACCUUCUACUUUGAGAAAUCAUGUGACCCAGGGUGGAAGUGCUGCUGUUAAGGAAAAGCCCCACUACAUGCUGAUGUAGCUGCACGCUGCUUUGGUCCAUCAUCUUUGAUUGCCUUUCCUUGCUUAUCAGUUUGGAGUUACAUCCUAAUUUUGUUGUCCAUAUGCCAAACUUUACAAAUAAUUGUUAUAAUUUUUCACAGGGGCAGGACUGUAACUAGUGGAUUUACUAUUGGCAGUGCUAUUAUGAAUGUGUUUCCCCCUUCUUCGCAGUAUUUUCACUGCAGAUCCAUUUUAACAAGAAACUCCUGCUCUAUGAGGCUACCAAUUCUGUCCCUUCUUAAUCUUACCAUUAUCUACAAAUCUAAAGGCCACAAUUCACAGAAUCCUUUAAGGGCAGGUACAGAGAAUAUGGGGCCCUCUUGAUUCCAUUGGGACUCCAGCUCCCAUCAGCCUCAACCAGCCAGUGCUUUCAUCAAUGCAAAGACUUCCGAUUACAGUGGAACUUAUUCUCUUCUCCUCCCUGUGUACCUGUUCUGAGGUUCCCCCCACCUGGAACCUCCAGAGCAGAUUUGGGAAGAGGGGCACAAGCAGUGGGGAAGGAAGUCCUUGAACUUCUUGGAUUUACGGAACUGCUUAACUGGCUAUCACCCAUGUUUCCUCUUUCCUGCUUUAGGAUGUGACCCAUGGAUGCAUUUUGAGUCACUUCAUAUAUUUUUUGGAAGCAAGGUAGGAAAUUUUAUUCAAGCUGGCUUUUGCUGGCCAGGAAUACAGCAAGAUGAAAGUUUAAUAAUUUAACUGAGGUAAUGAUUAACCUUAUUGACUGGCCCAAACUAUUAGGCUACCGUAAAUCUAAAUAAAUCAGUAAAAAGAUAGCUGGGGAUCAUUGGGGUUGUGGGGAGAGAUGAGUUAUAUCUACCCUGCCACGCCCAUAGCCUCAUUCUCAUUUACUUAACUGAAGACAUAAAACCUAGCCUGGACUAGCUAGCAUUGUACAAAGGUCCUUUUCUACUGCUGUGAGCUUAUUUCUCCAAGCUGUAAGAGGCAGUGCAAAAGAGCACUUUUUGGUUUAAAUACUCACCUUAAUUUUUCUUUCUUAAAACAUUUCCCAUUUUUUCAGUGCUUCUCAAGUUCUGUGUGCUCCUGUCAGGCCUACCAGCCUUUUGCUAGGCAGGCUGUAGCAUAAUCAUUUUUGCAAACAUUCUAAAAACAAUGGUGCCAUUACAUAUUGCAUGCAUUUUAUGAAGAAAAAUAAAUGAGGUCCUUUGCAGCAUUUGUAAACAUGCUUGAACAACUAAAAGAUGUUCAACGGGGCUAUUGGAACUGGUGAUUUAUUCAUCACCACAUAACAACGUCUGCAAAGACAAUCAUGCCAGUGUUCUAAAUUCCCCUAAACCUGUGUUUGCAUAAUGAUUUGUAUUGUCAGGAAAAUAAGCUAACUCUCUAUUUGCCUCUAAAAUUAUCUGACUGGCAACAGCAAAAAUAUUGAUCCUCACAAUGUCCUUCUGUAAUGCUCAGAUCUUUGGGAUCUCUUCUCUCAUCCUGUUCCUGUAUUAGCUAUGCUUUUCAAAAGGUCAUAUUGAUCUGUGCUAUUUUUCUAGAAAAAGAGGCGCCGGAACUCACCAUGAACACCUCCCUUGUUCCCUUAGAAUGGCAAUGAUGCCCACCUGACAGGUGCCAGAACUGAGUUCCAGUGAGGUCCAGCUGAAAAAAGCCCUGAUCUUGAUACUGAUUAUUUAUCACAAGUAGAAUAAAGCAGCAAAAGCAGUAAAACAACCACUACAAAUUGCUGCUUUCAUUGAAAUUUAUAGAUUACACAUCUUUGGGUUUAAUGGAGCUUAUUCUGAGGCUAAGUGAAUAUAGGAUUGCCACCUAGGCUUUGGUUUAGGGUUGGCAUAGGGGAAAAGCAUGGUUAUUGCGUCUUAGCUGUGU